AUGCUGCGAUAUUGGGGUGAGAUUCCAGUUUCAUCUAACCAGGCCAACCGCAGCUCCUUUGACCUGCUUCAGCGUGAGUUUCGUACCGUGGAAGUCCAAGAUCCUCCACUGCACCAGCCAUCCGCGAACAAACCCCGGCCGACCACCAUGUUGGACAUCCCCUCAGAGCCCUGCAGCCUCACCAUUCACACCAUUCAGCUCAUCCAGCACAACCGGCGGCUGCGCAGCCUGAUCGCCUUGGCCCAGGCUCAAAACCAGCAGCAAGCAGAGGGCAUAAAAACUGAAGACAACGAACCUCUGCCAUCUUGUCCGGCCUCUCCACCUCUCCCUGAUGACCUGCUUCCUCUGGAUAGCAAAACCCCCAAAAUGCCAUUUCAUCUGAGGCACAGUGACCCAGAGAGUGAUUUCUACAGAGGAAAAGGGGAGCCAGUGACUGAGCUGAGUUGGUCCUCCUGCCGGCAGCUUCUCUACCAGUCAAUGGCCACCAUCCUGGCUCACACAGGCUUUGAGUGUGCCAAUGAGAGUGUCCUGGAGACCCUGACAGACAUUGCCCACGAGUACUGCUUGAAGUUCACCAAACUGCUGCGCUUUGCUGUGGAUCGAGAAGCUCGACUUGGACACACCCCUUUCCCCGAUGUCAUGGAGCAGGUCUUCCAUGAAGUGGGCAUUGGCAGUGUGCUCUCACUGCAGAAGUUCUGGCAACACCGCAUUAAGGAUUAUCACAGCUACAUGCUUCAGGUGAGCAAGCAGCUCUCUGAAGAGUAUGAGAAGAUUGUCAACCCUGAAAAGGCAGCAGAAGACACAAAGCCUGUGAAGAUUAAGGAGGAACCUGUUAGUGAUAUUACUUUCCCCAUAAGUGAGGAGCUGGAAGGAGAUCUGGCUUCUGGUGACCAGUCUUUGCCCGUUGGAGUCCUUGGAGCUCAAAGUGAGCGCUUCUCUGCCAACUUGGAAGUAGAAGCUUCCCCACAGACUUCAGGUAGGCCUUUCUUCCUACUGCUGGAAACAGUCUAG